AUGUCCAUUGACCUGAACUGGGAAACACUAACCAGUGGCCCAGAUGGCGACGCCCUCGCCGAACGCAUCAGGUCCUUCAUCCACGACAAGUUCCAAACAGUCCCACUCCCUCGGUUUAUUAGGUCUGUCACCGUCCAUGGAUUCGACUUUGGCACCAUACCACCGGAGCUGGAACUAAAGGACAUUACGGACCCGCUUCCUGACUUCUACGAGCAAGAGCUAGGAGAGGACGAAAGUGAUGAUGAUUUUGGAAGCGACGAGGAGGCAGCGGCGCAUCUUGCUGCCGAGCGGGCCAGGCAUGCUCUCGCCGGGAACAGGAAGCGCCCCAGCGGCAUCAGGACCGCGUUGAGGAGCGACUUUGCGGGACACGAUUUGGGAAGUCCGUUUCUGGGAACGUCUACCCCGGGUAUAUUAGGCGGUCCGGGUCUGAACUACCUCCAAGGCCAUCUGGGCACGGGCACGCAUACACCCCUGGCAGCCGUCGCAGGCGCCCACCUCGGAAACUCAUGGAUGGCCCCCGGCGCCCUCGACUCCUCCGACUUCGCCCACGCUGCAAGCCAUCACAGAAACCCCUCGCAGAGCAGCAUAUCCGUUGACAACUUCUCCGUCAACCUGGAAGGCACAUCGCCGCCGCUACGCGAGAAGUCCAGCGUUUCAACGCUCGCCCCCACUGCAGUGAGCAUGUCUCGGCCUCCCACCCGAGACACACAUCUCGUUGAUUCUGCUGUUGACGAAGGCGAUGAUGGACGGCACGCGGCACUAGACGCGAGUGCUGUUGAUGACGGUUUGGCGGCGCAUAGGAGAGAGCCGAGGGUGGAGGAUGUUCAGGCUGUGUUUCGGAUAUGCUACGCAGGGGAUAUUCGACUGAAUCUCACGGCAGAGAUAUUACUGGAUUAUCCUAUGCCGAGCUUUGUUGGCAUCCCGCUGAAGCUGAACAUUACGGGGCUGUCAUUUGAUGGGGUGGGUGUGUCGGCAAAGAUUAGGAAGCGCGUGCAUUUUUGCUUCUUGAGUCCCGAGGAUGCCCUGGCCGCUGUUGGGUCGGUGGACGGGGGCGAGGGUGGUGAAAGCAGUAGAGGGGAGCAAGGCGCGAGGAAGAACACCAGGUUCGGGGGCUUGCUGCAGGAGAUCAAAGUUGAGAGUGAGAUUGGUGAGAGAGAAGGCGGGAAACAGAGCCUCAAGAACGUCGGCAAGGUGGAGAGAUUUGUGUUGGAGCAGGUGAGGCGCAUAUUUGAGGAAGAGUUUGUAUAUCCUAGUUUCUGGACGUUCUUAGUAUAA